AUGGCCGUCGAAAACUACGACAUCGUCAUUGUCGGCGCUGGACCUGUUGGUCUCUGUCUGUCGACAAGUCUGCAAAGAUGGGGUUACAAAGUCAAGCACAUCGACAACCGGUCGGAGCCUACAGCCACCGGCCGAGCGGAUGGAAUCCAACCGCGUUCAUUGGACCUCCUGCGGAACAUGGGUCUUAAGCGCAAGAUUAUGGAAUGGGAGCCUGCUAAGGUGUACGAAGUUGCUUUUUGGGACCCUGCGCAAAAAGGCAUCCAGCGAACCGGUACCUGGGCUAGCUGUCCCAAGUUUAUCGACGCAAGAUAUCCUUUCACCACUCUGCUCCACCAGGGCAUGAUCGAGCGGACUUUCAUUGGUGACAUUGAGGCAAACGGAGGCAAGAUUCAACGGCCGUGGACCAUCAAGGGAUUCAAGAACGAUGGCGUGGACAAGACUUAUCCCGUUGAGGUCAAGCUGGCGCACAUUGAUGGUACCGCAGAGGAGACAGUCCGAGCCAAGUACUUGUUCAGUGGAGAGGGCGCUCGGAGUUUUGUCAGGGAGCAACUAGGUGUCAACAUGAUUUACAAGGAUCCUAUCGCACACGUCUGGGGAGUUAUGGAUGGUGUUGUUCGAACCACCUUCCCUGACAUCAAGAUGAAAUGCACAAUUCACUCUGACGCUGGAUCAAUCAUGAUCAUUCCCCGCGAAAACAACCUGGUCCGUCUCUACAUCCAAGUCGCCUCAUCCACCGACAAGGACUGGAACCCACGCAAGACCGUCUCGGCCGAAGAAGUACAAGCGCGUGCUAAGGAGAUCUUCAAGCCCUACACCAUUUCUUGGGACAGGGUUGAAUGGUACUCGGUCUACCCUAUCGGUCAGGGUAUCGCUGAGCGCUACACCCUCGAUGAGCGCGUAUUCAUGGGCGGCGAUGCAUGCCACACGCACAGCCCCAAGGCCGGUCAGGGUAUGAACACAGCAUUCCUCGACGCAGUAAACCUUGCGUGGAAGAUUCAUCACGUGGAGAGUGGAUGGGCACCACGAACAAUUCUAUCAACCUACGAGAGCGAACGCAAACAAAUUGCAGAAUCUCUCCUCGACUUCGAUGCACGAUAUGCAAAGCUCUUCUCCGCACGGAUACCCUCAGCUGGUGAAGUCGCCGGCGCAUCAACAAAACAAGGAGCAGAAGACAACGAGUUCAUCAAGACAUUCAAAGAGAGCUGCGAGUUCACCAGCGGAUACGGAGUCGCAUACCCACCCAACGCUAUCAACUGGGGUCCCCAGCACCCCGCCCAACACCCACUCAUCCUCUCCUACCAGAAAGGCACAAGCCAACGUACCGGCCGCAUCAUGAGCCCGGCAACCGUCACCCGCGUCGUCGACGCAAACGUUGUCCACCUCGAGCAAGAGAUCCCCUUCAACGGCUCCUACCGCGUCUUCGUCUUCGGUGGCAACCUCUCAAAGACAUCCGCCGCCCUCCAAGACCUCGCAACACACAUGUCAGCUCCUACAUCAUUCUUCAGUGCCUUCCUCCCCGAAGACCUAAAGACAAAGGACCGCUACCAUGAACGUCACAACCCCCACACCAACUUCCUCUCUUUCGCCUUUAUCUUCUCCGCCCAAAGACCAGAAAUCCAUAUUGACGAACAAUUACCCGGUCUGUUUGCCCGCUACGCCGAUCACGUCUAUGCAGACGAUGUCUGGGAUCAGCGCGUCCCUGAUGCCAAGGCAGCAGCACACGCAAAGAUGGGUCUUGAUGAACAGACGGGUGGUGUGGUCGUUGUUAGACCGGAUGGAUAUGUGGGUGUUGUUGUUAAGCUUGCCGAGGGCAAGGGUACAUGUGAGGCGUUGGAUAAGUGGUUUUCAAAUGCAACGGGGAAGCGGUUAGGAGGUGAUGAGAGGGCGAGUUUGUAG